GCGCCCCACAGCACGAUGGUUGGGUCCAGAAGCCACGCCCCCUCGGCCGCCCUACCAGUUCUCCGUCCUCCGAGCGAGCCCCCUAGUCCAGCCCGCUUCCCCACAGCUGGUUGGGGCUUCCACUCACCGCCUUCCUACCCGGCCUACAUCAAGGCGAUCCCCGACUCCCUUCUUCAUGGCGUCGCUUCUGUGCUGUGGGCCCAAGCUGGCCGCCUGCGGCAUCGUCCUCAGCGCCUGGGGAGUGAUCAUAUAAUGCUCGGAAUCUUUUUCAAUGUCCACUCCGCUGUGCUUAUUGAGGAUGUUCCCUUCACGGAGAAAGAUUUUGAGAAUGGCCCCCAGAACAUAUACAACCUUUACGAGCAAGUCAGUUACAACUGUUUCAUCGCCGCGGGCCUUUACCUCCUCCUCGGAGGCUUCUUUUUCUGCCAGGUUCGGCUCAAUCAGCGCAAGGAAUACAUGGUGCGCUAGAGCACCGUCACGUUUCCCCUCUCCUGCCCCCACCUCUAUUUAAAGACUCUCCCCACCUGGUCGUCGUUCCCCACCCCCACCCCCCCCACCCCCCCGCCAUCCAUUCUGGCGCCUUCUGAGGAUUGGAUUUCCCUGGCGGAAGACUGAAUCCCUUGUUCGCCAACCUCUGGCACCCGUCCUCAAUGGAGGGAGGUUGUGGCCGUUCCCUGUCCCUCUGGCCCCCUCGCCUUGUCCUUUUCCACAAUAAAGAGAAACUGCUCUCUUAA